GUAAAUCGCUGAAUAGCCAUGAGGACGGAGCGUCAUUUCUAAUACCCUAAACCCUACCCUUCUAUUCGUCUCUCUCUCUCUCUCUCUCUCUCUCUCUCUCUCUCUGCCCUGCACUGUCUAGGAACUGUGUGCUUCCAAUCCUCGCAUUCUCUAAUGGCGAAGGAGCUACUCUGCAAGAGUGGCAGAGUUAUUGCUAGAUAUAUCAGAGCCAAUCCAAUUGCUGGUGGUACUACUGAGUUUAGCUCUUCUGAAUUUAAUUCUUCAGCUUUAAGUGGCUUCGCUGCAAUCAAAUGGUGCUGCAAGGGUCGGUUUUUUGGUUCUUUGUCCAAGUGCAUAAUGUUUGUCUCCAGACAAAUGCCAGCUGCCAAACUGAGACAUCAACCAUAUAUAGUAAUGGUUUGCUAUCAGUAUCAGCGUCUCUCAGAAAUCAUUUGCCACAGUUUGUUAGAUGCGCACCAGUUCUACCUCCUUUCCCCAGCAGGUGCAUUACAACGGUGGGAAAUUCAGUUGAAUCGGCUUCAAAAGACACGUCUGCAUCUAUUUCUGAUGUGCCUCCCCGCAUCAAAUUUAAGAGGCUCGAUAAAACUGCCAGGCACAUAAUGCAGAUUUUAGAUAAGGAAGCUGUUGGGGAAGUGAAGGCACAUAGAGAAAUACCAGAUAUAAAGCCUGGUUAUAUUGUGCAACUGAAAGUGGAAGUGCCUGAUAACAAGCGACGUGUUUCAAUUCUAAAAGGCAUUGUCAUAGCAAGACGUAAUGCUGGUUUGAAUACUACAUUUAGAAUAAGGAGGCUAGUGGCGGGGGUUGGAGUUGAAUCCCUCUUUCCUCUGUAUUCACCUAAUAUAAAGGAGAUAAAGGUGCUGGACAAAAAGAAAGUGAGAAGAGCUAAGCUUUACUAUCUCAGGGACAAGAUGAAUGCACUUAAGAAGCACUAGCAGCUUACUUAGACUGCAGGAUAAAAAAGAGCCUGCCUUGUUAAAGAAGAUGGUGGAAUGCUUUGCUUUUUGUCAGAAAGGUCGCCACUAUCCUAGUAAUUUCUUUUCCUUUUGUUUUUAUUUCGAGUUUUAAAUAAAUUAUUACCCAUAGAGAACCCGUGGAAAAUUGUCAACCUUGCUGUCCGUGGUGUUCAUGUAACAAGUAAAAUUCUUCUUUAUCUAUAAUUCUUUAUGCAACUUGAAAUAGUUUGCUAUGAUGUGCAAGAAUGGUAGGUUUAGGUAUUCCAAAGACAUAAUAGGUGGGAGAAUAGAAAUAUAAUUUCCUGGCACUUGCUGCAUCAAAGAUUUAUUUAUUUAUUUAUUUUGGCCCCCCUUUGUACGACUAAUUUCGAUUCAAAUGAAUAAAUAUUCCUUUUUUAAA